AUGGAGGCAGAUGACAGGCAUCGCCUGGCUGCAUAUCGUUUUGUCGCCUACUCUGCUGUCACCUUUUCGGUGAUAGCAGUAGUCUCCAUCUGCAUUACUCUGCCCAUGGUGUACAACUACAUCCACCAUGUGAAAAGAUCCAUGAGGACAGAAAUUCACUAUUGCAAGGGAUCUGCUAAGAGUAUCUGGGGCGAGGUGACCCACGUGAAAAGCAUCCCCUCCUCUAACAGAACUACUAGACAAGCAGGAAUGUGCGACGAUUGCUGUGCGCCCGGACCAGCAGGACCAGCAGGAGCACCAGGAAAGCCUGGCCGACCUGGUACUCCGGGCGCACCGGGAAUGCCAGGUGCACCCGGUCGUCCACCUCAAAAACCUUGUGUACCGGUUGCACCUCCACCGUGCCCACCAUGUGCUGGCGGACCACCUGGACCACCAGGUCCUCCUGGUCCUCCGGGACCUGCAGGGCAACCGGGCACGGGUGGCUAUGAAAGAGGAAUGGGUCUCCCAGGUCCUCCCGGGCCAAAGGGACCACCAGGUCCACCUGGAAAUCCAGGCGCACCCGGUGCUCCAGGAGCACCGGGAGAUUCGGCGACAGGGACAAGAGAAGCUGGUCCACCAGGCCCUCCCGGACCGCCAGGACCCGCUGGUCCGAAAGGACCCGAUGGCAUGGGCGAUGUAGGAAGAGGAAUGGGAAUUCCUGGACCAAAAGGACCUCCCGGACCUCCUGGAUAUCCUGGUUCUCCUGGAAAUCCUGGAGCACCAGGUAUGCCCGGAGGAGCAGGAACAGGUGGCGAACGUGGUAUCUGUCCGAAGUACUGCGCUCUCGAUGGCGGAAUCUUCUUCGAAGACGGAACAAUGCGUCGACGCUAA